AUGGUGUUCUCUGUCUUCUCUGCAGCCCUGGGAUUCAUGAACAAUUCAGAGAAAAGCACUGUGACUGAGUUUGUCCUCCUAGGCUUCCCUGGUGGCCAGGAGAUGCAAAUAUUCCUCUUCUCGCUGUUCUUUGGGGUCUAUAUAUUUACCGUGAUGGGAAAUGGCACCAUUGUCUGUGCUGUGAGGUGGGACCAACGACUCCACACCCCAAUGUAUAUUCUCCUGGGGAACUUUGCUUUCCUUGAAAUCUGGUACAUUACCUCCACUGUGCCCAGUAUGCUGGCCAACAUCCUCUCAGAGACAAAAACCAUCUCUUUUGUUGGCUGUUUCCUCCAGUUCUAUUUUUUUACUUCCCUUGCUGCAACUGAAAUAUAUCUCCUCUGUGUCAUGGCAUAUGACCGGUACCUCGCCAUCUGCCGCCCACUGCACUACCCAACCAUCAUGACCCUACAACUCUGCUAUCUCUUGAUGUUUCUUUGCUGGGUGUUUGGGUUCCUUAGUUACUCAGCCUCCACAGUACAACUCUCCCAAUUGUCUUUCUGUGGGCCCAACAUCAUUGAUCACUUUUUGUGUGACAUGGACCCACUGAUGUCUCUGUCCUGUGCUCCAGCUCCUAUCACUGAGAUUGUCUUCUAUACCCUGAGCUCCCUCAUUAUCAUCCUCACCCUUCUAUACAUCCUUGGCUCUUAUACCCUUUUAUUGAUAGCUGUGUUAAAAGUCCCUUUAGCAGCUGGCCGGCAAAAGGCCUUUUCCACCUGUGGAUCGCAUCUGACAGUGGUGUGUUUAUUCUUUGGGGCCCUCUUGGCAAUGUAUGUGAGCCCCACAUCUGAAAACCCAGCUGAACUUCAGAAGAUUAUUACUUUGUUCUAUUCUGUGGUCACUCCCUUCUUAAAUCCUCUGAUUUACAGCUUACGUAACAAGGAGAUGAAGGCCGCAUUGAAGAACAUCUUGAGGAUAGAAUGA